AUGGCCUCCAUAGACGAGAGCAAGGAGAAGCUCAAGGAGCUGUACGCCACGAGGGAGGAGAUGGAGAAAGAGAUGGCGGAGAUCGCCCAGCGCCUGACCGAGCCCGGCAUGCCCGGCCUUCGCGGCGCGCUGGUCGAUCGCGAGGGCUUUCCCAUCCCUGGGGUGGAUCUGUACCAGGUGAGGGGCGACCGAGGGCGGUACGCCACCUUGCGCAACGACCACGCCGAGGUCACCAAGGAGCUCGAGAAGCGCCUCGCCGAGCUGCACCUGCAGGCGGGGGCGAUCGAGAAGCAGCAAAGGGACGAGGACGACGCGUUCAUGCGCGCCAGGGCGCGGGCCGCGGCGCAGUACGGCGCACCCCCGGGCGCGCGGGCGUUCGCGUACGUGGACGAGGUCACCCCGGGAUCCCCCGCGUCCAUGGCGGGGAUGCGGGUCGGGGACGUCGUGCUGAUGUUUGGGGACGUGGUCGGCCCGCACGAGGCAAACACGCUGCCCCGGGUCGCGUCCAUGCUCGCCGAACGGGAGGGACACCCGGUGGCGGUGUGGGUGUCCCGCGGCGGUGUGGACGUGCGGCUGGACGUGACGCCGCGCGCGUGGGAGGGGCGGGGGCUGCUGGGAUGCCACAUGCGUCCUCGCUGA